AUGACACCAAAGUUUCUCACCAUCUUGGUUAGUCUAUUCGAUUCUUUGUUUAAACCUUCUUCAUUGUUCUGUAGGUUUAUUGCAGUGUCCAUACCCCUAAAUUACAACCGCAAACAUGUGGACCACCGUCAGCUCAUCCUGCUGUCGGCUACCUGGCUGCUGGCCCUGGCUGUGGCCUCACCAGUCAUGUUUGGCAUCAACAACGUGCCCGACCGCGACCCCAGCGAGUGCAAACUGGAGGAUAACAACUAUGUGGUCUAUUCCUCAGUCUGCUCCUUUUUCAUCCCCUGUCCCAUCAUGGUACUGCUCUACUUUGGUAUUUUCCGUGGGCUGCGACACUGGGAGGAGGCUCGUAAGGUCAAACUGCGCAGCAGCAUCGAGGCCUGCAGGAAGUUGCAGCAUGCAGCCGUCACUACCACCCUCCCCCCGCUGACAGGCACCAUCCCCGGGCCUCUGCCCAUGCCUCUACCCAGGAUCAUCGAGAGGGACUUGGCCCAGUCUCGGCUGGAUGACACGGACGACUAUAUGCAGCAGGAGAUUCCUUAUCCUCGGCAGUACAGAGAGAACUCAGUGCCCACACUGACGUUCAGCCAACAGCUGCACAAGAAGAAGGGAGCCAAGAUCAACAACAGGGAGAGGAAAGCCAUGAAGGUGCUACCUGUCGUAGUAGGUUGCUUCUUGUUCUGCUGGACUCCGUUCUUCGUGGUCCACACGACGCGAGCCGUGUGUCUGACGUGCGACAUCCCUCCCGGUCUGAUGAGCACCGUCACCUGGCUGGGCUACGUCAACAGCGCUCUCAACCCCGUCAUCUACACCAUCUUCAACACGGAGUUCAAGAAAUUCUUCAAGAAGUGUUUCCGCAGCUGCUGCUAAAACCAGAUUUCCCUCCAGAGACUACUUUUCACAAUGCACUCUGGGAUAAAUCUCACUAUACAUUCAGACGGCACUUAAAAACUAGUGAUUCAGACGCAGCCUGAGGCUUACAGUUUAGCCAGUCAGCUCAUCUCUGGGCUGCCACCUGGAUGUGGAUGGUAUCUGGCUGACAGGAAAAAUACAUGUUCAAACACUAACACUGAUAAAGAAAGCAGUUACUGGUUUA